AUGGCCGCUCUCCACCGCUUGAAUGUUUUGCUGCUGAUAGCAGUAGUGCACAUCACAUUUGCAAGUCUUUCUACGUGUGAAAACGAUAAAAUUAUCUCCAUUGAUCUGAAGCAUUUAGACCAUCAUGCAGACUCUCCACUCCACGACGCGCAGACUACAUUUGCCGAGAGAAUUCACAGCGCUGUGAAGAGGAGUCAAGCCCGAGCUGCAGCGUUCAAAAGCAUUGUGGCAGCCGGAGUGACUCCGAGAGGACUCAACUUCGACCCAACGAUCGAGCUGUCAACCAAAGCCAGCAGCUUCCAGUCGCCCGUGGCUGCAGCGCCGGGAGGAUAUAUCAUGAGCAUCUCCCUAGGAACGCCCCCGCAGACGAGGACGGCCAUCGCCGACACGGGCAGUGACCUCGUCUGGCUGCAGUGCGCUCCUUGCUCGGUCUGUUACCAGCAGCCUGAUCCACUCUUCGACCCUCGCAAAUCCUCGACCUAUAAGAAAAUUCGCUACUUCAGCUCACUCUGCGGCGAGCUGCCUCAAGUGUCCUACAACUGGGGCUACUGCACGUACCGCUACGGCUAUGGGGAUCAGAGCACCACGCAGGGAGACUUCGCCCUCGACACUCUGACCCUCACCGCCACAGAUGGCUCCACUCAGACGGUCCCCAAUUUCGCAUUCGGCUGCGGGAAGCGAAACCAGGGCACAUUCUCCGGCACCGAUGGACUGGUCGGGUUGGGCCGCGGUGCCAUCUCCUUCAACGAGCAGAUCGGAUCCCUGAUCGGGUCGAAAUUUUCCUACUGUCUUGUCGACGCUUCAAGCUCGGCCUCGGAGACGAGCCCUCUGCUUCUGGGAGAUGCUGCAGAGUCUACUGGCAACAGUCUGAAGGCUAAGAUCCAAUACACUCCUCUGAUCCGCAACCCGGCGGCCGAUACGUUCUACUACGUGAAGCUGAAUGGCAUUUUGGUGAACAAUAAACCGGUGUCGGGGAUUCGGUCCAGCGAUUUCGCACUCAAUGUCUUGACCGGCCAGGGAGGAGUGAUUUUGGACUCGGGGACCACUAUCACGCAGCUCAUCCAGUCGGCUUACAUUCCUCUCCUCACGAAGCUGCAGUCGCUUAUUCAGUACACUCAGAUCGACAGCUCGCAGAUUGGGCUCGACCUCUGCUACGAUUUGUCGGCGGUCGCGAACCCGACUUUCCCCUCCGUCACGUUCCAAUUCCAGAGUGUGGAUCUUGUGCUUCCAGCCAAUAAUAUGUUCUUGCAGGUCGAUGAUCAGGGGACCACUUGCUUGGCGUUGGCUGGAACCAGCGACUUCACCAUCAUCGGAAACAUUCAGCAGCAGAACCAUUACUUCCUGUACGAUGUGGCGAACGAGCGAGUGGGCAUUGCUCCCGUCGACUCCUGCUCGACUUUGAAGACCAGAGAUCUUUCUGCAGGCAGUGCCAAGGACGAGCUUUGA